ACAUUCAAAAUUAUUUGAAUUAGAGAGAAAUAAAAUAGAUCUUAUCCCUAAUGUUUUUUCCAGACGUAUUUUUUCUCUUUCCAUGAAACCCUCCCAUCAUUUUGUGUAUCCCUUUCUCAUCUUCGUGUCUAACCUAGCAUCCAGAUCUAUUGUUGCCCACACAUUUUCACCACCACUCUCUGAUCUUCUGGCCAAGAAGGUUGAAGUCUUCAUCAAACGAACCACACACUAUAUGCAAAAGAGGCAUAAGAAAUUGUUAUAUCAACAGGAAAGCUACGAUGACAGAUCUGGAAUGGAUGAUAGCUUCGUUCAUCACCGACCGAUCAACUCCAGCCGGCAGCCGGUCGACCCUGCCUCCUCCGCCCCGGUCGUCCCUGCCUCGUCACCGGUCUUGGUCGUCGCCGUCGCUCGUCACAGCCUCGCCAGUCGCCAGUCGUCACCUCGCCAGUCGUCUUCCUCGCCAGUCGCCAGUCGUCAGAGUCGUCACCUCCAGGAAUUAGAAGAUGAGACGAUUGAAGUUGACAACCCAACCAAUGAUCAAGUUCCACAAGAAAAAGAAAAAAAAAAACUAAAGAAUUCAACCAAAGAUCGAAAGUUUGGAAAGAAUUUGAAAGUGGUGCAAGAUGGCAUAAAAAAAGUUGAUAAGGCGGUUGAGAUAGUUCGAUGGGCGGUUAAAUGGAUUAGGCAAUCACCUUCUAGAAUUCAUAAGUUUACCGAGUUUGCUAAGGUUGCUAAUCCCGGUAUAACAAAACAUUUGAAGAGAGAUGUGCCAACAAGAUGGAACUCCACUUACCAUAUGUUGGAAAUUGCCCAAGCUUACGAAAAAACUUUUGAGAGAUAUGAUCUUGAGGAAUUUGAUUUUCGGUCCGAAAUUGAAAAGACGGGUUUGUCAAUACCUUCAUCAAGCGAUUGGGAAAGGGUUAGGAAUGUAUGUCAUUUUUUAAAACCUUUUCAUGAUGUUACUUUGAGGAUUUCCGGGACACUUUAUGUGACAUCAAACACAUGCAUUGAAGAUAUAUAUUCCAUUCGUACGCUCUUGGAUGAUGCUAUUUCCGAUUCUAGUCUUUGUGAUAUUGCAUUGGCCAUGAAAUUGAAGUUUGAUAAGUGUUUUGGCGACAUAGAAAAAAUGAAUUUAUUGCUCUACUUUGCUUUGAUUCUUGAUCCGAGGAACAAAGUAAAGUAUUUGGUUAUACUACUUGAGGAUCGUUAUGGAAAAACGGGGGUGGAGGCCAAAAAGAAAUAUAUCAUGGAUUCUAUGUAUGCAUUAUAUAAUGAUUAUAUUAGAAUUCAUUCUCCAAGUUCCACUUCAAGUACUGCCGAGUAUACCACUUCAUCAUCGAUACUAGGGAAACGCCAAAACCCAGAUUUUUUGGCACCUAAUACCCCAUUGAGAAAUAAACUAAGAGAAAAGAUGAAGACGAACAUAGUUGAAUCAAUUGGGGAGUUAGAAAAUAGCAUAAGUGACACAAUCGAUUAUGAAAAAGAUUGGGAAGAAAAUCAACAAAUUGACAAAGAAUUGAGCAAGAUGAAGUAGUGAAGAUGCAAGAAGAACGAGUAGGUGCAAGAAGACGAGUAUAUUUAUGAAUGUCUUUUGGAACUUGAUAUGUUAUUAUUUUCAUACUAUGUAAUGGUUUUCUAUGUUUUCUAGAUUUAAGACGUGAGUUUUUUGGUAAAUGCAAAAUACAUGCAUAUACAUUGAUAUCAAGUAAUUUAAAUGGUAGGCUUUGG